AUGACGACGCUCAAGUACUACCUUGGAUUUGUUCUCUUCUCUUCUGGAAUGUUCGCCAUUCUCCUGAAUAUCAUCAUUAUAAUCCCCGUAUUUCAUUUAGCCUUUGUGAAAAAGACAAGCACAGUUUAUAUCAUUGCGUUUUUUAAUAUUGUCAGUGAUUUUGGCCAGCUGCUCACCACUGGUAUCUUUUUCGGAGGCUCCGUCAUGGCUAAUCACUAUAUUCUCACCGAAGAUCCUAACGAUCGUUUGAGUAAAGGAAGUGUUAUCAUGGCUACCGUAUUCAUGGCAGCGUGGUACUUAGAAAGUUGGAUUCAGAUUGUUAUGUCUGUCAAUCGUUAUGUGGUGAUCAAAAUGAACCAACACUAUAUUUUCACAUACCGCACUACGAUGAUCCUCUUUAUCUUCCUAGUCCCUAUCCCGUGUAUUUCGGCAUAUGUGAUGGAAUACGUUCUUCCGUGCUGUGUAUAUCUAAUUCAAUUCCUUUUAAUUUCGCUGUUCUUCGUUAUGAGUUGGAUGCUAUUUGAGAUUGUCCUAGAGUUGUCCCGAAAGACACUCCAGAAUGGUCGAUUUGUAUUGCAUUUCUGGUUGUGCUCAAUUGCUCAUCAAACGCGUUUAUUUAUUUGA